CCUUGGGCCAACACCCUUUUAAAAAUUCCUGGUGCGCUUCACUCCUAUGCUACGCAGGCGCGGCGCGCCUUCCUCCCGCGCCUUGGGAUUGGUGAGUCACGGGCCAUGUGGUCUCGGGUCCCGCCCACGAGGGGGGGCCUGCACUCGGCGUUUCCGGUUCGUUCGGUCUGACAAUGACGGAGCGGGGCGCCUCUCCUGAGGACCCCUGGGUCAAGGUGGAGUAUGCGUACAGUGACAACAGCCUGGACCCCGGGCUUUUUGUAGAAAGUAACCGAAAGGGGAGUGUAGUGUCCAGAGCCAAUAGUAUUGGCUCCACCAGUGCUUCCUCAGUCCCCAAUACAGACGAUGAGGAUAGCGAUUACCAACAGGAGCCCUACAAGGAGUCAUAUAAGGACAGGAGACGCCGAGCCCACACACAAGCAGAACAGAAAAGGAGAGACGCCAUCAAGCGAGGCUACGAUGACCUUCAGGCUAUUGUCCCCACCUGUCAGCAACAGGAUUUCUCCAUUGGCUCCCAGAAGCUCAGCAAAGCCAUUGUUCUUCAGAAGACCAUUGAUUAUAUCCAGUUCUUGCAUAAAGAGAAAAAGAAACAGGAGGAGGAAGUGUCAACACUACGCAAGGAUGUUAUGGCCCUGAAAAUCAUGAAAGUGAACUAUGAGCAGAUUGUGAAGGCACACCAGGACAACCCUCAUGAAGGGGAGGACCAGGUCUCUGACCAGGUCAAGUUCAAUGUGUUCCAGGGCAUCAUGGACUCUCUGUUCCAGUCCUUCAAUGCCUCCAUUUCUGUGGCCAGCUUCCAGGAGCUGUCAGCCUGUGUCUUUAGCUGGAUUGAGGAGCAUUGUAAACCCCAGACUCUCCAGGAGAUUGUUACUGGGGUCCUGCACCAACUGAAAAACCAGCUCUACUGACUGCCUUUCAGCCAACACUCUUAGAAGUGGGGAACCAGGAGGCUUGUUGAGUUCUGGUUCUGAUGUCUCAAACAGGACAUUUGCUGUGUGCUGGGUUUUGGACAGCUUCUGACUAAUUUAUUUUAUCAAUGUUAAACCCAUCUCACACCUGUGGGAGUUCUAGGGGCCAUUGGAUUUGUUCCCUGGAAGUCAUCUCUGCCAUCUUCCUAAGCUUCCAAUGUAAACUCAUGACAAGUGUUUAUGGUGUGAUUAUGGCUUGGGGGAGGGGCAGUGAGAAGGUGUGCUUCUGACAGGAAUCUGGAGGAGGCAGAGAAAGUAUUUAUGUAACCGUGGGGUACCACAGGCACUUAUCCCCCACUGGUGCUGCCAUCUCUGUGCAUGGCACAGACAUCAUUUUUUAGCAUGUUCUACAGGGAUUUUUUUCCCCUAUGGAGUCUGCCACGGUGAUCAGAAACCUUAAUACAGAUUUCUCAACUUUUAUUUCAAUGUAAUUUUUAAAAACUCUUACAAUUUUAUUAAUUUUUAAAGUUAGCCAAGUCUUGUGGUGCCUCAGGCUCACUUGCCAUCUCUUUUGACAAUAAGAGUACAUUAGGGAUAGAUGUCCAUUCUCCUGACCAAUUUCUACUUGCUAUCACAAUCUAUCAGAAAUAAGCCAGGGAAGAGUGGAGAAACUUCUAUCUUAGAUACAUAGAAGCCUACCCCAUCUCCUUUUUUUCAGGCUUACAAGGAAUUUUACCAUCCAAUGGAAAUUAAAUAUUUUUAUAUCAAAUUGUAAUUGCAAUAAAUUUUACUAAAUGCUUAA